CGUGGCCAGACUUUCGCGUGCCGCGGCCCCAGUACGCAGGGCGGAGACUGUGCCGACAUGGAGUUGGGUCUCGCGGGCCGCCGGGUGCUGGUCACCGGGGCGGGCAAAGGUAUCGGGCGCGGCACGGUCCAGGCGCUGCACGCGGCGGGCGCGCGGGUAGUGGCUGUGAGCCGAACACAGGCGGAUCUUGACAGCCUUGUCCGCGAGUGCCCGGGGAUAGAGCCCGUGUGCGUGGACCUGGGUGACUGGGAGGCCACCGAGCGGGCGCUGGGCAGCGUGGGCCCCGUGGACCUGCUGGUGAACAACGCCGCUGUCGCCCUGCUGCAGCCCUUCCUGGAGGUCACCAAGGACGCCUUUGACAGAUCCUUUGAAGUGAACCUGCGUGCGGUCAUCCAGGUGUCACAGAUUGUGGCCAGGGGCUUAAUAGCCCGGGGAGCCCCGGGGGCCAUCGUGAACAUCUCCAGCCAGUGCUCCCAGAGGGCAGUAACUAACCAUAGCGUCUACUGCUCCACCAAGGGUGCCCUGGACAUGCUGACCAAGGUGAUGGCCCUAGAGCUCGGGCCCCACAAGAUCCGAGUGAAUGCAGUAAACCCCACAGUGGUGAUGACGCACAUGGGCCAGGCCAACUGGAGUGACCCCUACAAGGCCAAGACUAUGCUGGACCGAAUCCCACUUGGCAAGUUUGCUGAGGUAGAGCAUGUGGUGGAUGCCAUCCUCUUUCUGCUGAGUGACCGAAGCGGCAUGACCACGGGCUCCACUCUGCCGGUGGAAGGGGGCUUCUGGGCCAACUGAGCUCCCUCCACACACCUCAAACCCCACGCCGUGCCCAUCCUACCCCCAAUCCCUCCAAUAAACCUGAUUCUGCUGCCCAGGCUAUAUGCUAUUCCUAGGCUGCGAGCAGGUAGCUGGGGGCUUGGGGCCUGGUAUGGAAUGCGGGCAGAGACCCAUGAGAUUCAUAUUCCAAUCCAAGGCGGAGCCCGGCUCCCACUCCUGAGGUCUUCAGGCCUGGCCAGUUUGCUGUCAGGGAGGUAGGAGGCGGUGAAAGGCCAGCUCCUAAAGAGGGUGGUGAAUGUCAGCAAGGUUGGCCUUUGGACCUGUCCAGAACCUCUGGGGUGAGACAGUGUGUGCAUGUACGGGUUGAUCACCUGCUCUGUGAGUGUACGGUUGGCUCCUCCUCCUUUAAGCUAAUGAGUAAGACAAACGGGGAAACAAGGAGGAUGUGACGCUUCUGCACUUCGUCAGUGACCUGAGCCACUUUGUUGAAUCAGAUGGUCUUUGGAUACUAGAACAGCAUUUCCUCAACUUGUGCUGUUCACAAUGUAAUGAACAGACACAGCACCCUGAA